UUUAUCAAAUGAAUUUUUUUUCUUCUAAGUGGGUGAUAUUAUUUUCGAAUGGAAGAAAUUUUUUAAAAUUAUUUAUUAUCUGCAGGGAAAGAGUUAAAAUGAUAUUUUUACAUCUGUACUGAUUUUCUUGAAGCUAUGUUACUGCUGGCGCCAUCUAGCGUCCAGAACAUCAUCUAAAAGUAACAGGAUCGUAAAAAAAAAUAAUAUGAAAAUGUAAUAUAUUUCCUUUUCACGGGGUACGAACUCGCUACCACCCAAUAAUUAAUAAAAAGGGAUUGAGGGGGACCGCAUCCAAGUCUUUAAGCGAUACCCCACAAUUCCUUGGUUGAUAUGGUUCUUAAUUAUCUGCAUAAGGUUUUUCCGUGCUCCGCCAUCUUGGAUUUCCUCUAUAGCCGCCAUUUUGAAGAAUUUUCUUGGUGGGUAAAUGACGUCACCCUUAUCAUGUUUGUGCAUGAUUUGGUUGGGAAAUGGCGUCUGCCUUUUCACUCCCUUUGUGUAGACAUCCGCGUAGGUGAACGAAUACAUUUCUGUGGACCAAUCAGAAAGCAGAAAAAUGAUGUCAUGCCCUCUUAACCAAUCCGCGUAUUCAGACAAAGUAAAAAGUUCGGAGCCGAGUUUCAACCGCUGGAUUGCCUCCGAAAUUCAUUACUUGCUAAAUUCUAGAAGUUUGUUACCACGCUUUUUGAAAAAACAAGAAAUUCUCUUCGUAUCUGCGAAAAUGGCUUCAAGAAACAGUAAACGUUCUUUGGAACCCUUUUUUGAUCAAUGUGAGGAUUCCGAUGUAUCUGUAAGAGAUUCUAAUGAUCAAUGUGAGGAUUUCCAUGCGCUUUUAAGAGAUUCUGAUGAUGAGUGCCUGAGUGAAACAUCUCAAAUAUUCAUCGAAAAUCCUAUUGACGGCAUUGAAAAUUAUUUUAGUGAUUCAGGAGAUGAACUCUUAAGUGAAACUUCGCAGAUAUUUUUGGAGAAUCCUUUGGUUUUGCCUCUUUACUAUCAAGUAGGCUCGGGAUAUGAGACUCAACCUUCUGCUCCAUCUAAAGGACCUGCAUAUGUGGAACAUGACAUUUCAGUAAAUAUGGAAAAUGCUAUUAUACUCAAAGAGAAGGCACGGCGUCGUAACCGAAAGUAUCAAGGCGAGGAAAUAACCUUCCAGGCACGUGUUGAUAUGAAUCGUCUGCCUCAAAAUAUUCGCAACAGGCCUCUUCUAGCCGUAACUGAAUCUGUUAGACAGCUGUUUGAAAUAUUAAUUCAACGGUCAACAGAAAAUCUAAGGCCGACAGAUUGGAUACGAAUGUGUAUCCAAGCCGAUGGAUUGGAUAAACCCAUGUCUACGAAAAUUAUUGCCGUAUCUUCCAUGACGGUGGAGACCGUAUUAUCGGUUAUUAUGAAAGUUCUGCAGUCAAAAGAUGAAAUUCGGCUGGAUUCAGGCUUCCUAGUAGAUGUGAUCACGAUUCGCAGGGAUAUCGGUGCAGGUAGAGCAAAGAUAAUCAACAUUCAAGUAGAUCGUCUUAAAAAACGCUCUGUCCUUUCCAUCCCGUCAGAUGAUGAAGGGUUGUGUGUUGCGCAAAAGCAAUCGUAUAUGCCCUAG